AUGGACGGUAUAGCUCCAAAGGCUAUUAUUACUAAUCAAGAUAGAGCAAUAAAAAAUACAAUUGCUAUCGUCUUUCCAGAAACUCGACAUAGAUUAUGUCUGUGGCAUAUAUUGAAGAAAGUCCCUAAGAAGCUUGGGUCAUAUGCUGCCUAUAGAAGUGGGCUGAAAACUCAACUGAUGAAAUGUGUGUAUGACACACAAACUAUUGAGGAGUUUGAGAAAUGUUGGACCAAGUUUAUUAACACAUACGACUUACAUGAGAAUGCGUGGUUGAAAAGUUUAUAUGCGGAGCGUGAGCAUUGGGUACUGAUAUUUCUAAAAAAGUACUUUUGGGCUGGAAUGAGUACAACACAGCACAACGAGAGUAUGAAUGCUUUUUUUUACGAUUAUGUUCAUUCAAAGACAAACUUGAAAGAGUUUGUCGACCAUUUUGACAGUGCGCUGAGGAAGAAAAUUGAGAAUGACAAUCAUGCAGAAUUCCAGUCAUUUAGCCAGGUCAUUCCCUGCAUAUUUAGAUCUCCAAUUGAAAAGAAAUUCCAAGAGUUGUACACCAACGCUAAAUUUAAGGAAGUUCAGCAGCAAGUAAUUGGUGUGCUCGAUUUGGAUCCAUCUCUACUUACAUCGGAUGGUGUAAUGAAGAGUUAUUUGGUAGAAGAUGAAAUUCGUAUUAAGGAGUUCACUAAACUGGUGACAUAUUCAAUGGACUUUAAUGAGGAUGACUGCAAUGCUAAGUAUUCAUGUGGGUUAUUUCAGAUGAGGGGGAUACUGUGUAGGCAUAUUUUAGCCGUAUUCAAGUCUAACGAUAUAAAAUCAUUGUCAGACCGGUAUAUUAUAGACCGAUGGAGAAAGGAUAUCAAGAGGAAAUACACGUUCAUUCGCAGUAGCUAUGAUGCAGGGGAUCAGAGGCCAAAUGGUAAUAGAUAUUCAAUUCUUUUGAAUAUGUGUUAUGGGAUGAUAACUUAUGCAACGGAUUCUAAUGAGCAAUUUGAAGAUGCAAAGAAGAAGAUACAGGAGAUGACUGAAUGUUCGAAUUCUGGUUUGAUGACAGAGGACAAAACUACAAUUGGUAGUUCACAACAAGUCAAGAGUCCACUUGUUGUUAGAGGAAAAGGAAGACCCCAUCUCUGA